AUGCCACGUCAAUCACUCUACACUCCUGAAGAAGUUCAUGAGGCUUUAAAAGAUAAAAACUUUAUGGAUGAUGGAAAGUAUUUGGAAAGAAACCAUCACAUUUGGACAGAAGCACGUGAUUUGCUUCCAAAAAUGACUGUUGACUAUUUAUGGAUUUACAUUACAAAAAAUCGUAACGAUGUCUCUUCGAGAAUUCACAAUGUACCUAAAUUGAAAGUAAAAAAUAAAAAAAAAGUUUGUAAUAUUUCCAACUGGUCGAUGAAUGACAAUAAACAUGGUUUGGAGGAAUUAAAAGGGACAAUUCACUUCACUCUUAAACAAUGGAACCAAUUUGGAUUAAAUUUAAAAUUGUAUAAAGAUGGUCGAGAGUAUGAAGUUUUUGAACCCGGUUGGACGGACCUAAUUUAUCAAUCUUUAUGGGAAAAUUUUAAGAUACCUUGUCCUUUUAAAUUCCAAAGUGCAAAAAUAAAAAGAAAUACUGAGGAACAUUUUCUUAUGAUCAAAGGCACUUGCAUUGAAUGCCAAAAUAAUAUUAAUAUCUAUAGUGUAAAUGAGCCAAACGGUGAUGGUAUAGACAUUAUAGUGUCAACAUUCGAUGCAAAAAAUGUCCAACAUUAUAAGAAAAGACAACUACGUGGGAGAACACGUGAGAAAGUGGCUAAUAUUUUGAAAGGACAAUCGACAUAUAUGUAUCGACGUAAUGUUGCUAAUCAACGCAUGCAUUUUCAAGACCAGGAACCCGCCGAUUUGUUCAAUGAUUAUGUAUUAAGAAAAGCUAAACAACAGCAAAUCGACAAAGAGCUCUGUUUAGAACCCAACACCAACGAAGUAGUUGCAGUUAUGAGUUUAAAAAAAAUCCUAAAUACUGUGGAAGUAUUCGAGAGAUUGGAGCCGAUCGAUUAUACGUAA